UGUAAGGUCAAACUGAUGACACUGGAUUCCAGAUUUGAUUAAAUUCCAGUUCAAUUAAAUACUGAAUGAUUAAAUUAUAAUACCCAACCCAAGUUUUAUUGAUGUCUUUCCAUGACCGAAACAUUAAGUGAUUGAUUGAGAGUUGACACGUUUCAGUAAGUUGUACUGUAUCUUUCUUCAUACCAUCUGAUGUUCAUUCAUGUCUAUUUCAUGACAUAACUACUGUAGUAGUAUAGAUGAAGAGAUAAUCGGUCCUUGUGUGCUUGCGUUUCCAUUUGAACUGAGGCGCUACAGCAAUCUGUCACACCACAUUAAAGAGUGUCAAAACUAUUGUUUUGAAUUUUGUGAUAAUUUUUUAAAAUUAUUUAUACUGUUGUACAAUAAAAAAUAUUAAGCUUACAAAAUAAAAUAGUUUUCUAAAAAAAAAAAAAAAAAACGUAUUUUAUAUGGCUAUACUGUUCUAAAGCCAAAGCAAAUUUAACAAAAUGUUAACUGGAAAUAAGUUACUUUUUCUACCCACUAUUAUUAGCACAAGAAACAUUAUAUUAAGAUUAUCUGUGAAGCACUUUAAUUUUAAACAAUCAAUUUAAUUCCAAAGCAAUGUUUAAAUGAUUGUGUUAAACAUAUUUAAUUAAUAUCUUAAGGUAAUAUGUUUUCUUUGACAGCCCUAAAAUUUUUUGUUGUUUUCAGUAGUGUCAAGGAUAUACUUACACAUAUUAAAAUAAAUAAAGAUUCUUUAUUGAUUUAUUUUAUGAUGGGAGAAAUCAAGAGAGCAAUCAAAUGGCAUUAAUGAUUGCAAAAUCGCUAAAUAAAUCUUGCCAGAACCUACAUUUUGUGUCUUUGCUUUCUUCUUUUCAGCCUCUCCAUGUUUCUUAUUCACAGCUUUAAGUCUUUAAGUUGUUCAUAAGCUCAAGUUUCCUUCUGUCUGCAAUUACAAAAUGAAAACGUGGGUUAUGGAAAUGGAAUCAUGGAUCAUGAAAAAAGAGAUACGGCAACUGUGCCAUCAGUACAGUCUUAACGUAUCGAAGGACAUUUCCCAGUCAAUGAAAACCCUAGAGAUUGAAAUAGUGGAACUUCAGAAUUUGGUAGAGUCCACAGGAAAUCAAGGACAUAUUGAGCUCCUCAAAGUUAAAAGAAGGACUCUGGAUAACCUGUUAGGCAUCAGAGCACAGGGAGCUUUGAUCCGCUCACGUUUUCAGAGUGCAGUAGAGAUGGAUGGUCCAACUAAAUUCUUCUUUGGUUUGGAAAAGAAGAAUGAUCAAAGCAGAUUUAUACAUUCUUUAUACUCAUUGGGUGGCAAAGAAGUGGUAGAGCCUAAAAAAAUUAGAAAAAGAGCUGUACUUUUUUAUUCUGAGCUUUACAAGAGUGAACAUACAGAGGCAGAUGAGCUAGCCAGUUCUUUUUAUAUGGGUUUGCCUAAAGUACCAGAUAAGACCAAUUCUUGGCUUGAGAGGCCGCUUUCAGCAUCUGAGCUGCAUGUUGCAUUUUAAGAAGACAUUUUAAGUGAUUGUUUGUUUGAUAUAAAAUUAAUUGCUGUAAGGCCCCUGGAAUUCAUGGUCUACCAUUUGGAUUUUAUACAAUGAUUGGGUCAAUGCUGGGGGGGUGAUUUGCUGCCUGUGCUCAGUGAUAGCCUGGCCGGAGGGUUGCUACCUUUAAGCUGCAGGAGGGCAGUCAUUACCUUAUUACCCAAAAAAGGUGAUAGCUGGGACACUGCUGCGGUUUGUGUCUGUAAGCUCUGUAUAGAUUUUUGUUUUGAAUCUCUAUUUACUAUCAUUCCUUGUUGUUUAUAUUGUUAAAUAUAACUUAGUCAUCACCAUAUAUCAGACAUUGUAUUAUUUAUUAUCAUAUUAAUCUGACAUCGCUAGCUUUAAUCUAAAUUGUUAUCGCUAGCACAACGCGCUAGUCUUUUCUCUCUCGCUCUCACGCCUUCACGAGUCCAUCAAACGACUGUGGUAAGUUGGAUCAGUCAACAAACACAGUAAGUCAUGUCAUCUUUACCUGUUAUUGUCAUUUGCACUGCCUGCCACAUGUAUAGCAUAGCCUUCUCUGUCAGCGGUAAGAUUUACACAUGUGAUAAAUGCAGGGAGAUAGUCAGGCUGAACGAGAAGAUUUCAGAAUUAGAAACACGCAUCCAAACAUUAAUUCAUGAUAGUAAGAAUGCAAGGGCUUUAGAUACUGCUUUGGAUGUGACUAGCUUAGUGAACUCUGUACAUUGUUCGGUUCCAGCUGUAGAGCCCGUGCAGCAGGGCAACUGGGUGACUGUGAGACAGCAUAGUCGUGGGACAAAACACUGCUCUUCCAUUCCGAUUAGAACUUCAAACAGGCUCUCCCCACUCAGUGACGCACCCACUGAGAAUCCUGUUAUUGGCAAUUCUAUUUAUUGGCAAUUCUAUCAAAUCCUAGUUAUUGGCAAUUCUAUUACAUGGAACAUGAAAUUAGAGACACCAGCCACCAUAGUCACAUGUUUGCCGGGAGCCAGAGGGCCUGACAUCAAAGCAAAUUUAAAAGUGCUGGCUUAUGCUAAUCGUAAAUUCUCUAAGAUUAUUAUUCACGUCGGCACUAAUGAUGUUCAACUUGCCAGUCGGAGAUCACUAAAAUUAUCAUUAAAGUGGUUUGUGAACUUGCAAGUACGAUCUCAGACACUGUAAUUUGUUCUGGCCCCCUUCCUGUUCGUCAGAGUGGUAAGAUACUUAGCAGAUUAUCAUCACUCAAUGGCUGGCUGUCUGAGUGGUGUCCGCAAAAUAAUAUAGGGUUCAUAGACAAUUGGAAAAGUUUUUGGGGCAGACCUGACCUGUUUAAAAAGAGAUGGUAUUCAUCCCUCAUGGAGUGGUGCUGCUCUUCUCUCUAGUAAUAUGGCACAUAGUCUUAGAGAUGAACCUUGACUGACUGGGGCCCAGGUCAGGAAGCAGACAGACUGGCUAAACCGACCGUCUGCUAGCUGUCUCACGUCACAGAAGUCAGAUAUAUCACAACAUAGAGACUCUUUCACCUAGAUAUCAUCACAUAGAGAUAUCUCACAGAGGAAGAAAAUAAUAUGUUAAUUGACUUUUAUAAUGGGAAACUGGUUCCUAACAAUACAGAUCCCUUUCCAAGUAGUUUUUUUAGUCCCAGUCUCAAAGGACUGUCUGGAUCUUUUAUAUAAAUGACUUGUAAAAGUUUUAAGUAAAGCAACUUUAAAAGAACGUAGUGAUACAGUGUGAAGAGAGAAAUGGGACUAGAUGAUGAAGUUAAACCAGUUUGGCGAGUUUUAUACAAACCACCAAUUGAAAAACGCACAGGUGAUUUUCAAUGGAGAGUUUUACACGGUGCAGUUGCUUUAAAUGCAUUUGUGAGUGUUAUUAAUAUAUUGAGUGAUUGUCCUUUUUGUAAAAUUAGGGAGACAAUUUUUCAAGUUCUAUAAAAUGAAAAUAAAAGAUUUCAAGUUUUAUUAAAUGAUGAAUGAUUUAGAAAGUGUUUUGCCUUAAUCGUGUUUUAAUGAAGCUAUUUGUACAGUUGUAGAUGAAAUGUUUGUUUUUUACUACCAUGUUGCAAUAAGCUUUGGUCUUUUGCACCUCAUUUUUGUUUUUUGGUUGUGAUUUGUUGUUCUGCUGACUUUGUAAUGAUUAAAAUAAUGUGUGUUGAAAACUCAAAAACUCUCUUUCUCCCUCUCUCACUUGUCACAAAUAGAAAGUGAAAGUAAGUUAGAGUUCCCCUGCCACCAUUUUAAGCAGGUGAAAUAUGAACGCGAUACAGAAAAAACAGAGAAACAUAGAAACAUUAAUAGAAACAUUUAUCUAAGUUUAUGCAGGAAUUUCCGUGUAUCUUUAUGAUGUUCAAGCUAGAGGAUUUGAGAUCCUGUAUCUUGUAAAAGUUUGAUCAAGAGUCUGUGGAGGAGAUCAAACUCAUCAGAUUCACCUGCAGCUUCAUCAUGGCUGAUUCACAAGGAUCCAAAGAUGGAGAUUUUUCUCCAGGAUGCAGUUCAGUCCAGCAGAAGAGCUCAAACCCAGAGUCCAGCUGUGUGUCUAUAAAGAGUAACUGCUCUAUGGAUCCGCCACAAAAGUUUAAGAGUGGAAACACAGAGCCUGAUCUCAGGUCAAAUCAUCUAUCCAGACCAUUUAAAAACAAAACUGUGUACACGCCUGUGAUUCAACCACAAGACUUUAAUGAAAGCAUGUAUCCUGGUUUCAGCCAUGACUCUAAAUUUGCUGAAGUCCUCAAAACAUUGAGAUCAAAUCUGAGAAAGAAGUUUGAGUGUUUGUAUGAGGGAAUAUCAAAGCAGGGAAACCUAACACUCCUGAAUGAAAUCUACACAGAGCUCUACAUCAGUGAAAGUGGAGAGAUCAGUAAUGAGCAUGAGGUGAGACAGAUUGAGACACAGUCCAGGAGAGCAGAAACAGAGGACACACCGAUCAAAUGCAAUGACAUCUUUAGACCUUUACCUGGACAACACAAACCCAUCAGAACCGUGCUAGCAAAGGGAGUCGCUGGCAUUGGAAAAACAGUCUCUGUGCAGAAGUUCAUCCUGGACUGGGCUGAAGGGAAAGAGAAUCAGGAUGUCCAGCUCAUAUUUCCACUUCCUUUCAGAGAGCUCAACUUGAUGAAGGACAAAACACUCAGUCUUUUAGAUCUUCUUCAUGUUUUUUUCCCUGAAACAAAAGAAAUGGAAAUAUCCUGUGAUAAGUAUAAAGUUUCAUUCAUCUUUGAUGGUCUGGAUGAGUGUCGUCUGUUUCUGGAUUUUCAGAGCGAUGUGAGGUUGUGUGAUGUGACUAAAUCAGCCUCAGUGGACGUGUUGCUGACGAACCUCAUUGCAGGGAAUCUGCUUCCCUCUGCUCUCAUCUGGAUCACCUCCAGACCAGCAGCAGCUGAUUUGAUCCCCUCUGAGUGUAUCCAUCGAGUGACAGAGGUACGAGGCUUCAGUGACCCACAGAAGGAGGAAUACUUCAGAAAGAGAAUCAGUGAUCAAAUUCUAGCCGACAGGAUCAUCUCACACCUGAGGUCAUCAAGGAGCCUCUUUAUUAUGUGUCACAUCCCAGUGUUCUGCUGGAUCUUAGCCACUGUUCUAGAGAAGGUGUUAAAGAAACCAUGGAAAGGAAAGAUCCCCAAAACUCUUACUCAAAUGUACACACACUUCCUGAUCCUGCAGACCAACAUCGAGCAUGAGAAGGACUAUGAAAUGAAAGUGAAAGAAGACAUGAUCAUCAAACUGGGAAAACUGGCUUUUCAGCAGCUUGUGAAAGGCAACCUAAUCUUCUAUGAGGAAGACCUGAGAGAGUGUGGCAUUGAUGUGACAGAAGCAUCAGUGUACUCCGGAUUGUGCACUCAGAUGUUCAGAGAGGAGUUGGGCUUGUAUCAAGGGAAAGUCUUCUGCUUUGUUCAUCUGAGCAUUCAGGAACAUCUAGCAGCUCUAUAUGUGCAUCUCUCCUUUAUAAACAACAGCAUCAAUGUGUUUGACCAGAUUACCACACCAACUAAUGGAGACAAAGUUUCACUAUCUGAUCUCCAUCAGAGAGCUGUGGAUGAGGCUUUAGACAGUAAAAAUGGGCAUCUGGACCUUUUCCUUCGUUUCCUUCUGGGUCUGUCAGUGAAGUCUAAUCAGAAUCUCUUACAUGAACUAACGACACAGACAGGAAACAGCUCUCACAACAAUGAGAAAACAGUUUGCUAUAUUAAAGAAAAGAUCAUUAUGAAUCCCUCUCCAGAUAAAUACAUCAAUCUGUUUCACUGUCUGAACGAACUGGGGGAUCUUUCUCUGGUGAACGAAGCUCAACCUCAUAUGAGCUCUAGAGGAUUACGUAAUGUGAAACUCACCUCAUCUCAGUGGUCAGCUUUAGUUUUUGUGUUGUUGACCUCAGAGCGGGUAAUGCAUGAAUUUGACCUGAAGAGCUUAAUUGGAGAAGAAAAUUAUCAUGACACAUCUGUCACCCUGAAAGCACAAAAUACAGCAGAUGAAGUUGUUCAGAAGCUGCUGCCUGUGAUUACAGCAACUAGAUCAGCUGUGUUGAGUUAUUGUGGUGUCACAGAUGAAGGUUGUGCUGCCCUGGCUUCAGCUCUGAGAUCAAAUCCCUCACACCUGAGAAAACUAUAUCUGUCAUUUAAUAAUCCAGGAGACUCAGGAGUGAAGCUGGUCUCUGCGGUACUGGAGAAUCCUCACUGUAAACUGGAGGAACUGUGGUUGAAUGAUUGUGGUGUCACAGAUAAAGGUUGUUCUGCUCUGGCUUCAGCUCUGAGAUCAAACCCCUCACACCUGAGAAAACUGUAUCUGUCUGAAAAUAAACUAGGAGACUCAGGAGUGAAGCCGCUCUCUGCUGUACUGGAUAAUCCUCACUGUAAACUGGAGGAACUGGGUUUAAGGAAGUGUGGUGUCACAGAUGAAGGUUGUGCUGCUCUGGCUUCAGCUCUGAGAUCAAACCCCUCACACCUGAGACUACUGGAUCUGUCUGGGAAUAAACUAGGAGACCCAGGAGUGAAGCUUCUCUCCGAUCUGAAGGAUGAUUCACAUUAUAAGCUAGAGACACUAUGGACUCAUUAAAUCUCAUCAUAAUCUUCUCAUGAUCAUCUAGUGAAUAAGGAUCCACUACAGAGACUCAGUCAACAGAAUCAACAGACUGAAUAUACAGUGACUUCACCGUUAUAAAUUAAGACUUCAUUUUCAACGAUCCUCUGACAGACCUGAUUAGGGGGCAGUGAAACACCUUUUAUUUUAUUUUAGUUUUCCAUUCAUAGAUUAACUAUUUUAUUUGUAAAGGUUUGUAUACAUCAUGUUUUUAGUAAUAGUUGUAUUACAUGUGUAUUAAUGCAUUUAGUAUUUCCUUUUAAAAUCAUAAAUGGUUGUUUCAUUUAUUGAAGUGUUGAUUUAAGGCUCAGUAUCGUGAGGAUAUAAAUAUGUUUUUUCACAAGUCUAGGGUUUGAUGGGGGUAGUAAAAGAGAUUGUGGAGCUCCUUCACCUCCCAGAACUUCACAAUACAACCCAGAGAUUUAAACACAAGGAAAAAUAUUUAUUUCUGCUAUAGGAUCAUUUUUAAAUGUUAAAGUGCCCCAUUAUGGAUUUUUGAAAAUUACCCUUCAUGUAGUGUAUAACAUAGCUCUAAGCAAAUGAAAACAUCAUGCAAAGUUUUAUAACUGAAAGUGCACCGUAUAUUAAGUUAUUGUCUCUCAAAAGUAAGAGUUAACUCUGAAUCAAUUAAACAAGUCAUUUGUAAAACAAAUCUUAAGCCGUUUCGUUGUGACGUCACUUUACGUGACGAAACAUUAGCAUAUUGCCCGCCCACUUACUGCGCGCGCAGACGCCAGGGAAAACUUGAAACCCGAAGCUUGUGCUGUGUGUUCCCAUCAUUUUACUGAUGACUGCUUCUUCAACCUAAAUACAUUCAACGAGGGAUUCGUAGGCCGGUUGUUAUUGAAGGAUGGGUCAGUACCCAGUUUAUUUGGACCAGCUCUUUCCUCCUCUGAAUCACAACCUGUAAGUACGAUUAAUAAUUGUUGCCACGUUUGACAGACUGACUGUUUUGUAGGAAAGAAUGUAAUUAUAAUUCUCACAGAGAAAAUAAUUUAAAUUAGUUAAGUUUUUAAAGGAGCCAAGAUAUAAAACUGCCCCAAAACUAAAAGACUCACCUGUUCUGAUGUGCAAUUCAUCUGAAACAGCACAAGUCUAUAUCUCCCCUAAGUAAAAAAAUAAAUAAAAAUCUUCUAGACAAAUAUGCGAUUAGCAAGGACUAAAAUCCAGUGUGUAACAUCCACACGGUUCUGAGUUUCAGUUCAAUGGCCUAAGUAGAGUAACGUUACUGGACUAAAACCCUUAUACAGUUCAGUUCGAACAUGUCAGUGACGUCUCCGCAUCCGAGCCAGAAUCACCACAUUCUCUGUAGCAUGCACAAAUGUAUUGCCUGUGUGUGUGUGUACGCUCCGCGCAGCUUGUAGUUCUCCGGCUAACCAGCUAAUGAUGGAGUAUUUUAUCCAUCCUAUAGGAGACAAUUGUAGAAUUAGUUUGCUUACUAUAAAAGCUAGAAGUGUUUUGAGGCCUCUUGGCCUAUGUGACUAUAAGGGUCAGAUGUGUCUGAGAAGUUAACUUGGCCACUAAGCAUAUUUUGUUGGUAAUUUUCCACCAGACAACAGGUGGCUGUGAAAUGAAUAAGACCAUUAUUAAGGGUGUCAUGUGAAGGCUUCUUGCCUCCGGGGAGUGUUGAUUGUUUUUGAUACAAUGUUUCAUUUGGCCCAUGGGAAAAGUGUUGACCAUCAAAUUGGCAGAAGGCCCAUGAGAGAUUAAGUCAAAAGAUGUACAGUAGUUGGUAGUCGGCCACCCUUACUAAAAAAAAUUAUCUCUUACAUAAGCAACACCUGCAAUUUAAUUGGUGAAGUGACUGUGGUAAAAAUGUUGGGGAGUACUUGGGAGACUCCAAGAAGAGAAAGGGAGGAGAGCACCUGUAAAUGAGAUCAUGGAAAAUAACUGUAGGGGUGGAUCUCACACUGUAACAUAAGAAAAAUGUAUAAAAGCUGUGCCCUGGCUAGAGAGAUUCAGAUGUGGAACUGGCAUCUCACUUUGUUGCUUGACAAUAAAGUUAAAUACUUCUGAGACCUGGAA